ACUAUUCAGUGUCGUCGCCCACCCAUCCAUUUCCGUAUGAAGCCGAUUUGUGUUUUGACAUUAUUAUUCAAUAUUCUAUGGUUUUAUGUAGUUAAUUGAUUUACUAAGUUUAUUUUGUUAAAAGUUAGUUUUCUUUCAAGCCAAUCAACAUGACUUGGGGUUUCGUAACAUGCGGGCCUAACGAGGCGCUUGUUGUCUCCGGAUGCUGUUACUCAAAGCCGCUGCUGGUACCAGGCGGUCGAGCGUUCGUUUGGCCAGCCAUUCAGAAUGUGCAACGUAUUUCCUUGAACACAAUGACCUUGCAAGUGGAGUCGCCUACCGUUUAUACCAGCCAAGGAGUACCGAUAUCCGUUACCGGUAUAGCACAGGUGAAGAUUCAAGGUCAAAACGCCGAGAUGCUGCUCUCUGCGUGCGAGCAGUUCCUUGGCAAGAGUGAACAGGAGAUACAGCAUAUAGCCCUGGUGACCCUUGAAGGUCACCAGCGUGCUAUUAUGGGCUCCAUGACCGUUGAAGAGAUAUACAAGGACAGAAAGAUAUUCUCUAAGAAGGUGUUCGAGGUGGCUUCUAGCGAUCUCAUCAACAUGGGGAUUACCGUCGUGUCGUACACACUAAAAGACAUCAGAGAUGAAGAGGGUUAUCUGAAAGCUCUCGGUAUGGCUCGCACGGCGGAGGUGAAACGAGAUGCACGUAUAGGCGAGGCAGAGGCACAAGCCGAGGCAAAGAUAAAAGAGGCAAUGGCUGAAGAACAACGAAUGGCUGCCAGGUUCCUCAACGACACUGAAAUUGCGAAGGCCCAACGAGAUUUCGAAUUGAAAAAAGCCGCUUAUGAUGUUGAAGUACAAACGAAGAAGGCUGAAGCUGAAAUGGCUUACGAAUUACAAGCGGCGAAAACUAAGCAACGCAUCAAGGAAGAACAAAUGCAGAUUUCUGUUGUUGAGCGUACUCAAGAAAUCGCCGUACAGAAAUGGGAAGUACAAAGAAGGGAAAAAGAAUUAGAGGCCACAAUACGCAGGCCUGCAGAAGCCGAGAAGUUCAGACUAGAGAAGUUGGCUGAAGCUCAUAAACUAAAAACCGUUCUCGAGGCAGAGGCCGAGGCUGAGGCCGUCAAAGUUCGUGGAGAGGCCGAAGCUUACGCUAUCAAGGCAAAGGCAGUCGCCGAUGCGGAACAAAUGGCUAAGAAGGCAGAGGCAUGGAAGGAGUACGGAUCAGCUGCUAUGGUCGACAUGAUGCUUGAGACUUUACCUAAGGUCGCUGCCGAAGUCGCGGCGCCAUUGUCUCAAGCCCGCAAGGUGACGAUGGUGUCUUGUGGCGGUGGUGAAGUCGGCGCAGCCAAACUCACCGGCGAAGUACUCAACAUCGUUCAAUGCAUCCCCGAACUGGUCAAAGGCGUUACAGGAGUCGACAUUUCUAAGGCGGUGGUCGAACCGCCAACAUUACCAACGCCAACUGCCCGCGGCGACUCGGCGAGAAAGCAACGAUAACCGAACUCUUUCUAGUCAACUUAAUGCUCGUAAAGGGUGUUCGCGCACUUUAAAAGCUGCUUACUACAUAUACCUCCCUACCUGCGUUUAUUUUUAUUGGAAAUGUAACUACAUAUUUAAGAUAGUUAAGCGAUUAAUUUUAUUCGACCUAAGUGCCACUUUUGGAAUAUCCUCCUAAAAGAUACCAAAGCAAAAUUAAUGAAUUCUUACGUCAUUUAACUUUCACUGUGAUUAUGUUUUAUUUUAUCUUCGAUGCGAUUUGAAAUUGAGUAGUACAAGGUGAUGUCAAUAGCAAAUCAAUCAACAUAUACUAUACAGUACUUGAUUGUAUUUUAUUUUAAGCUUAAGAUAGACUUUCUAUCAAGACUGUACAAAAUCACGAACGUUUAUGAAGCUCACAUUUGAGUUAGCAUUUCUCCCACGCAUUAGGGAGGUUUGCAUUUGUAUUAUAUUUUUAAAAUUUACAUAAAUAACGGUAUGAUUACUCAAAUACUAAAUGCCCUCCGAUUUCAACGAAAACUGUUCAGGCUUACUUUUUUUAAAGCAGGAAAGUGAUCGUGCCAGAUUUGUCUGCUAUUGAUAUUUCUUUGUGAAGUAGCAAUAAAUGAUGUAACGCUGUCAGUACCUGUGACAUACUUUACCAGCGUCUACGUCACCUCGACUUGUUAGCUGGAUAGUGUUACGUCUCGUUCGUUUCAAUGGCAGUUUUGCUCAGGUCAAUAUGGUUUGUCAUUCUCGCCACUAUGUUUAUCUAUGCGAUCGUCUGUUCACCGGUGGUCAGAAGCAAUUAAUUGGUCUAAUGACUUGUUUCUAUACCAUCGUCGUGGCCCGCGUACCCAGAGUAUAAACCAGCCAUACUCAAACUGCAGCCCGUCGAGCCUUUGUAAUUGACCCACCUGGAUCAGCCCUGAGUACCAAGCAUCAAGGGGUAACUACGGAUCCCUAACAAGGUUGAGUAUGGCUGAUAUAAACCUUAGAUCUGUACGCAGUAUUUUUAUGAAAUCACUAUAUUGAAGAAAAUAUUUAUCUCAAGUAGGUACGUGACAAUAUAGCACAUUUCGCCAGAAUAUAAAAUUAUUUUAAUCCCUUAGUAGGGCAAUUAAUAACAACAUAGUUAUUGGAGUGAGCGUACAUUAAAGAAAUUAACAAUUUAUGACCAAAACGCCUACUUAAUCUCAAGGUAGAAAAUUACAAAUGACUGUUAUACAAAAAUGAUACCUAUAUUUUUUUAAUUAGCUAAACUGUCGUUAGGGUAUAUGAAAAUAUUUGGUGUUCAAAAAGUGCAGUUUAGAAAUUCUAAUAGUUAUUGUAAUUAACGACGUUCGUAGACAUUAUUGAUGUCUUUUUCUAAAAGUUUACUGCCUACAGCGGUAGUUUAGCACUUAUUUGUAUGAAAGUUAAUAUUUAUAUUCAAUGUCUUACCCUCCGUUUCGUAACUAGCAUUUUGUUUAGAUCCAUAAAUGUUGAAUUAAUGUAAAUUGCGUGUACAUACUGUUUGAUUUAUUAUUUAAUAACGACCGUGUAACCUUCUAUAUAUUUAGAGCUAUGAUAAGAUUAUAGUUCUUUCGUAUUUAACUCGUAAAUAAAUUGAUAGUCAAAAACUUGCAUUUGGUUCUGAUAGCUUCAAGUUUGAAAUCAUCGUUGAAUGAUUGAAAUUUAGCCAGUUUUGAUACACUGAAAAUUAUAAUGUAUUUGCCUUCUCGCUGUUGGAAUACGUGUGUGUGUGAUGUGUUUACGCAAUUUUGAAUCUCUUUUUCCUAUUCCAAAUGAAUAUGCUGUAUUUUUCUUAUCAUUUUUGUUUUAUACUAAAGUCACAAUGCUUCAAAAUAUCUUUAUAUUUUCGACAGUAAUAAUGGUUUCUACGUAAUUUACAAAAUAUUUUUACCUCAACCGUCUUGGCGUCGAGUGCCAUACUAGAUUAUUUCAAGGUUAUUUUUUUAUUUUAUAUCAAAGUUUAUUUAGAUUUAAGAGGAUUAAGAAGGAGAGUUUUUGUUUACUAAUAAAUAAAGCAUUUAUGAUAGGUUUAACAGCACAAAUACUUAUUAUUUUUGUAUUAAACGUUAUGUCAGCCCCCACAUUAAUAUAUUUUGGUUAUAUUCAUUUAUAUUUAUUGCUCAUUUGUGAUUAUUGUUGCAUUAAGAUCUAGUCUUUAUAAAGUGAUCUAAAAU